UGAUAAUGCUAAGGGGGAAAAACACAACAACGAGUGGCACGAUGAAGCGAACGAGCACAUACGGUCGAGUAGGAAAGAGAAAAAAAGGGCUCCUAAUAGGUUAUGACAGGAUUAUGACCAGUAAGUACCACAUUAGGAGGGAACAUCUGUUGACCAACGUACACAACCUCACCUCAUGGGAAGAAGGAGCUCGAAGCAGGUAUGCGAAGUCGAUCAUUUUACAAAAGGAGAGUAGUCUCCUGCUGAAGGACGUGAUCCAUUGGGGCCACAAAAACGAAGAGGUUAAUAAAAAAUUUCUCCGUUUGGUGAAGGACUCCCUAUACUGCAAUCCACUUAACAUUGGGAGCUUGUUCAAUUUGGUUUAUUUUUACUUUACACAAAUUGGGCAGUGUGGGUCCGAGUUGGGAGGGUCCCCAUCAGAGCAGGGGCAGGGGCAGGGGCAGCGGCCGACGCAGAUGCCGAUGCAGAAGCCGACGAAGAAGCCGAUGCAGGGGCCGACGCAGGCAGAGAGGAGCUGUCUCCUGUAUAGCCACCUCCUGCACUCCAUUUUGAUGCAUAUUGGUAGAGGCCAGUUUAGCAGAGAAAAAAAAGCCGUAAUGAAGGCCAAGCUGAGAGGAAGAAAUAUAAGAGUUUUUUUUUUUUCCCUGUUUAGGGAUGAGGUGAAGAAGGAGAGCUUUCAGAUGAGGCUGGUGAGGCGUGUUUGGGAGAGGUGGAACGACAUCCCCAGCAUGAGUGACCAAUUGUUGUUAAUAAUUUGUGUCGAAAAUUUGCACAUGCUAUGUGUAACCAACUAUAGAAUGGGAUUCAUGCGUGAUGUUUUUUAUUACGCCAAUUUGCUGCUGCACCUUCUGCAGCUCCGUAGGUUGAGGGGCCUUUUGAAGGCGAACCAUUUCUCCCUCUCCGCCAGCCUCUGCAUGGCGAAGGCCGCUUGCUUCGUACUGGCCAGCUCAGGCGACCCGCGGAUUCACCACUCGACGGGUGCACGCGGAGUUGGCCAUUUGAACGAAGUUGGCCAUAUACGCGGAGUUGGCGAUUUGCACGAAGUUGGCGAUUUGAACGAAGUUGGCCAUAUACGCCGAGUUGGCGAUUCAUGCAGCUUGCACAGCGAGGAUGUGCGGCUGGAUAAGACGCAAAACGGAGUGAAGGCGCGGGGCCCGAGCAGGGGGGUGGACCUUAAGACGGACGACUCUGGUACCACGAGAUGCUCCACAAAUGGUGCGGACAAGGAGGGGCUCACUCUUGUUGAAGAGCCCCCCCCGCAUAAUACACUGCUGUACUGUGAAGAACGAUUUUUAUCCUUCCUCUUGAGCGAAAAGGAGACAGUCAUGAGAGCGAAACAUGUGGUCGAGGAGGACUACAUCCUUGAAGAACACGUACAACACCCACUAUCAUCAGUUGUAAAUAAAUUAAACCUGUGCAUAAAUCACUGUCUCAGUUAUCGAGAGUACCACUUCUUGACACAAUUUUUAGUUUGGAGGGCCCGGCUAUAUUACCAUGUGGGUUUGUUUCGAGAGUGUCUAUCAGAUACCAGCAAAGUUGCGCUGAUAAACCUACACGCAAGAGCUCCACUGAGAAUUGAUUCGGACGAAGGAGGAGGAGGAAGAAGCGCUAAGUACUCCUGCCUAGGCUUGAUGCUGUCGUGUUUGCGUCGCCUUAACCUCCUGCGCGCAUCUGAUUCGUAUCUACUUAUUCCGUUAAAGAGAGGCGGGACGGGGAGUUGUUACACGUGGGAGGGCAAAACGACCUGCACACCAACAGGCCAUAAGGAGAAAAACCAUACCCUUAAUAAGAGAGAGCACCCGUACUCUUGGUGUCGACCCCCCGAGGAUAAAGCCCUCCUCCGUGUCCUCCACGGGAAUAGGAAGAAAAUCCCGUUUACUCUUUGA